AUGGACUCCUCCGCAGGGCCUGGGAUGCCUUUGCCCAGAUACUGCAGUGUGGCCACAACCCUGAAGGCCCCUGCCUGGGUCGGCACUGCUCCUCCCUGGGACUUCUCCUUCGCCUGUCCCCUCGCCUCCCGAGCACCCUGGCUCGCCCGGCACAGCCCCCUCACCAGAUAUGCAUCUUAUCACCCGUGCCUCCACAUUGCUGACCCAGCAUGGCAGGGGCCUGGCUGGCUGGGAAGAAAUGGAGAUGCUGUCGACACAUGGGUCCUGGCAAGAAGGGAACCAGAUGGCUUUUAUUACAGGGCUCAGAUAAAGGCUGCUCCAGAGCUGGAGAGGCGGGGGUUCCUGCUGGUGGAAUUUGAGGCUCCCCUUGUCACAGGCCCAGAGCUGCCAACCCAGCGGCAGAGCGUGGUCUUAGAGGAAGAUGUCAUUCGGUUCUCACCAUCCAUGGAAUACUCGCUGCGACCUGGGGACAAGGUGCUGGCACUCUGGGGCCCAGACCAACAGCGCUAUGGCCCUGGCACUGUUCUCUUGGGCUUGGAGGCAAGAGACCCCCAGAGAGCAGCCAAAAAAGAAGAAAUUACUGUUCACUUCUGGAAUGGAAUGACAGCCCCAGUGCCUCUUGGAGGGGUCAGGUGGGUGCCCCCAGCCAUCUGGAAGAAGGCUGUGGGUGGGCUGUACAAGGCUUUCACCACGGAUCACCCCAGGCCCCUCCUCUGGGCCCCUUACUGCUCUCUGGUGGGGCCCUUUGCUGGAUGUGUCACCAGCGGGCUUCCUCUGAGCACUCCGCUCCUGUGCCCUUCCUGCCACCCGCAUGCCUGCUGCCAGCUGCUGGGCCAGGGCUGCCUCUGCUGCUGCCCCUUGGCGGGGCCCACCUGGUGGCCUCUAAUCAGGAUGUCAGGGGUCCCAGCCAGAGAACAUCCAGAGGUGGAGCUGAAGCCCACAGCACAGCUCUUGCCCCUUGAGCAUCCUAAAGAGGAAGUAGCAGUGCAGGCGCCCGUGGCUGGUUCUUCCUCCUCUACCGCCUCUGCUUCUGAAGAAGAAGAUUUGCAGAAUGAGCUGGAGAUGGGCCUCCCCCAGAGGCUGCUGGUAGACAGCACAGUCAACACGGACCCCAUCCUUCUUGAGAAGUCCCCGAGGAGGCAGGGUGGCCUCUGCCAGCCCGAGUGGAGGUACUGGAGGAGAAACAGGUCCGAACCGCAUCCUGGGACGCCAGGAACAAGAAUUUGCAACAUCCGGAAAGACGAGAAGGGCAACAAAAACCAGAGGGUGAAAACUGCAGCAGUGGGGAGUCGCAGGGAGCUGGUCCUGGAAGCCACUGGCAUGAAGCCACUACAGAUCCUGCCAGAGGAAGAUGAAAACAAAAAACUGAGUCGGGGUGCCGCGGCACAUCAGGGGGACCAGGAUUCCCCCUAGACUUAAAGCCCCGAGGAUGGAGAAAUGGUACAGUUCAGGCCACAGGCGAUAGUCCAAUAAGCAGCAUCUUCACCCCAGGAAGACAUCCCUGCAGAUGAGCGACAGGAAGGCUCCUGUCCUCAGGGGCACAGGAGGGUGGCGGUCCUGGCCAGGGCUCCCUGCCAGGGGCCUGGUGCAAUCUGUCUGAGGAUGCCUCUUCCACAGAAGCUACAGAACAUGGUCAGCCUGCUUUGGGCAAACGUGUCCACAGCCUCUCUGACAUCUUUUCA